AUUGGUCCGACUCUGGGGCCUAAGAGGUCUGGGAUUGGGUGUUUCUUUGCUAGGAAAGAUGGCGGCCGCCGUUGCAGGCCGGGCGGUCGGGGCAAAGCUGGGACUGCGUGAGAUUCGCAUUCACUUAUGCCAGCGCUCGCCGGGCAGCCAGGGUGUGAGGGAUUUCAUCGAGAAACGCUACGUGGACCUGAAGAAGGCGCACCCCGGCCUGCCCAUUCUAAUACGCGAAUGUUCGGAGGUGCCCCCCAAGCUCUGGGCCCGCUACGCCUUUGGCCAAGAGAAAAAUGUCUCUUUGAACAACUUGAGUGCUGAUCAGGUAACCAGAGCUUUGGAAAAUGUGCUAAAUGGCAAAGCCUGAAGUCUCUCCACUGAGGAUUAUAAACAAUACUCCCAGAACUUGGGCUCACCUGGACUGAAUAGAGUGUGGAAAAGUAUGUUCCUCUGUUCCUUAUAAAGCUGAUGCUGUAUGA